UCUAGUCUACCUCGCCGCUCCCAACUCUCACAUUAGUAGACUUCAAAGUCAGCGAGCAUAGCAUAUCUCUGGAGCAUUGUCCCGGACCUUACCGGCAUCAUCUGAAUAGCAUUCAACUCCCAACAAGGUGACCUCCAACGAAUUUGAACACCUUCUCUGACCUAAAGUCACUUACAACCACCAAAACCACUACAACCACCACCGCUAUCGCCAUGAAGCAGCUAGCCUCGUUCGGAAGGAAACUGGUGCGUCGGCGAAUCCUGGACUUCAACCAGGAGGAGAGUCGAUUCGCCCGGUGCCUGUCCACGCUGGACCUCAUCGCCCUGGGUGUCGGAGCCACGUUGGGGGCCGGUGUUUACGUGCUUGCGGGAGAGGUGGCUAGAGAAAAGGCUGGUCCGGCCAUCGUCAUCUGUUUCCUCAUCGCAGCGCUGUCGUCGGUACUGGCCGGCCUGUGCUACGCCGAGUUUGGCGCCCGCGUGCCCAAGACGGGGUCGGCAUACCUGUACAGUUACGUCACCGUGGGAGAAAUAUGGGCCUUCAUCACGGGAUGGAAUCUAAUUCUGUCCUACGUCAUAGGUACGGCGAGCGUGGCUCGUGCCUGGAGCUCCACGUUCGACAACCUGGUGGAGCAGAAGAUCUCCUCCUUCUUCCGGGCCUGGAUGUCCAUGGACGUGCCGGCGCUGGCCAAAUACCCGGACCUCUUCGCCCUCAUCCUCGUCUUGCUUCUCACUGGCCUGCUGGCGUUUGGCGUGAACGAGUCGGCGCUGGUGAACAAGAUCUUCACGGGCAUCAACCUGGUGGUGCUGGGCUUCGUGAUCAUAUCGGGCCUGGCCAAGGGAGACACCAAGAACUGGAACCUCACCCAGGAGGACUACAUGGCUUCGUACAACGGCAGCAAGUCCCUGGAAGACGUUGAAACUAAUUUUGGCGUGGGAGGUUUCGCUCCUUUCGGGUUCAAAGGAAUUCUCUCCGGCGCGGCGACCUGCUUCUAUGCCUUUGUCGGAUUCGACUGCAUUGCCACCACAAGCGAGGAGGCUAAGAAUCCCAUGCGUUCCAUUCCCAUCGGAAUUGUGGCCUCGCUGCUAAUCUGUUUCGUCGCCUACUUUGGCGUGUCGGCGGCGCUCACCCUCAUGAUGCCCUACUACCUGCUCAACAAAGAGAGCCCGCUGCCACAGGCCUUCCAGUACGUGCACUGGGACCCCGCGCGCUACAUCGUGGCCGUCGGCUCUCUCUGCGCGCUCUCCACCAGUCUGCUGGGAUCCAUGUUCCCCAUGCCCCGUGUCAUCUACGCCAUGGCGGAGGACGGCCUGCUCUUUCGCUUCCUGUCCCGCAUGCACAAGAAGACCAAGACGCCUGUCAUCGCCACCAUCGUCUCUGGCAUCGUGGCAGCCCUGAUGGCCUUCCUGUUUGACCUGGCCGCUCUGGUGGACCUGAUGUCCAUUGGGACCCUGCUGGCCUACACGCUGGUUGCCGUCUGUGUCCUGAUCCUCCGUUACCAGCCGGGCACCCUGAGUGCGGACGGCGAGCUGAAGCUGGUGGAGCUGGAGCGGCUGGAGAAGUCUCAGGAUUUGGAGGGGGACAGCAGUGGAGACGAGGCCUACCAUCCGGAGUCGGAGACCAAGCCCCUGAAGGAGCGCUUCAGCGCCAAGCUGCUGCUCUUCCCCGCCUGCGACCAGCCCACCUCCACCUCGGGACUCAUCGUCUACAUCACCACAGCUGCAGUCUCGGUCGUGUACACGGUGCUGUGUGUGAUCCUGGCGGUGAAAGGUGAUGAGGUGAUGCAGGGCGAGCUGCUCUUCGUCAUCCCGGCCGUGGUCCUCACCCUCCUCUCCUUCGUCUGCGUGGCCAUCAUCUGGAGGCAGCCCCAGAGCACUGAGGCCAUCAACUUCAAGGUACCCCUUCUCCCUGUUCUUCCACUGAUCAGUAUUUUCGUCAACAUCUACCUUAUGAUGCAGCUGGAUGGACCAACCUGGGCUCGUUUCGCCGUCUGGAUGGCAAUCGGUUUCUUGAUCUACUUCUGCUAUGGUAUGAAGAACAGUUCAGAGGGCGCCAACAAUUCUCUGAAGAAGAAGGCGCCCAUCUUUCGCCCAGACGAGGAGAGCGAUGUGGAGGGCAUGACUCCUUGAGUAGAAAAAAAGCAGUGCUGCUGCUGAAAGACUACACAUUUAUGU